GGCUGGUUGGCCACACUCGCGCUGGGUGCGCUGCGAAGUUAAAUCGACUACGAAGCUGUCUCUCCUCUUUUAAAACCAAGAAAGCGAGCGAAUAUACCGACCGACAAACAAACAUCUUCCCUCACAUGUUUUAUCAAACGCCAUUUUUUGUGCGUUUUUUCUUUUUUUUUCUUUUUUGGUGAAGGACUCCAGAGCUUCGGCGCAACCCGCGGCGACUUCUCCUUCACCGUGCUCGCCUGGAGACGGAAUAUAACGCAUAAUGACAUUUUCACUCCCGGAUAAAGAAGCUCACUGAAUGAAACUUUAGACUUUUUCUUCUGGAUAGGUGAAGAAGCUCCGCUGUUUAUUUUUCUAUCUGUAGAAAAGGCGUGUUGUGCUGUGGACCGCUGUAUGGGACGCACUUAAAAAUGGUCGGUCACCUUAAGUUCCAGGUCGGGAGGUUAACAACGAUGUCAGGACUCGCUGGUUUUGGAAAAUGAUUGCUGGCAGCACCGACGCUAAAAUAAUGGUCAGAAGAUGUCUAGUAACGUUCAAACCGUUCAGGAUAUUCGUGGUGGGAAUAGGCUUCUUCAGCCUGUGUUUUCUAAUGACCUCUCUGGGGGGGCAGUUCUCAGCAAAGAGACUGGGGGACUCCCCCUUUACCAUCCGCACAGAAGUGCUGGGAGGCGUGGAGUCACGUGGUGUGCUGAGAAAGAUUAGCGACAUGUUGGAGGUGAUUCUAAAGAGGAUGGACAGUUUGUCCAAACUCGACAACACCUCCACCACUGACGCAAGGCGCCUGGAUGAGCUCAGCUCUGCCAUAAACAGGUUUCAACCAGCCAGCCUGGUGGAGAGGAUCCAAGCUAUCGCCCAGAAUGUCUCUAACAUGGCCAUCAGGGUGGAGCAGAUAUUGCAAAACAGUAUGGUGCAAGGCAGAGUAUUGAGAGAUGGGUCGUCAAGUCAGUGUGAAGUGCCGAGAGACCCUCGCUUCCCAGAGUGUCCUGGAAAAGUAGAUUGGAUGCGUGCACGGUGGACAUCAGAUCCUUGCUAUGCCUUCUAUGGUGUUGAUGGUUCAGACUGCUCUUUCCUCAUCUACCUGAGUGAGGUGGAGUGGUUCUGCCCCCCACUGGCCUGGAGGAACCACAGCAGCCCCCCUACCCAGCAUACACAGCCAGCAAAGUCCCCCAAGAGACAAGCUGCCUUCCGUACAGACCUCUCUGUGUUGCUGGACCAGGUUGGGACAGGUAAGGAGUCCCUCAGCUUUAUGAAGCGGCGAAUCCGGCGACUUGCACAACAGUGGGCAACAGCUGCCAAUCGUCUGGAUGCCAAAUUGGAGCAACAGUGGAGAGACCAGAAGAAGAUCCUCGUUCAUGUAGGCUUCCUAACUGAGGAGUCUGGAGAUGUUUUCAGCCCAAAGGUGUUGAAGGGAGGGCCUCUAGGCGAAAUGGUCCAAUGGGCUGAUAUCCUCACUGCACUUCAUGUUCUGGGACACAACCUCAAGAUCUCCAUGUCUGUCAAGGAACUUCAGGGGUUCCUCGGCGUGCCCCCAGGCAGAGGCAGUUGCCCACUCACUGGUCCAUUGCCCUUUGACCUCAUCUACACAGACUACCAUGGCCUGCAGCAGAUGAAGCAACACAUGGGGCUCUCACUCAAGAGACACAAGUGUCAUAUUCGAGUGAUUGACACCUUUGGCACAGAGCCUGCUUAUAAUCACGAGGAGUAUGCAACUCUGCAUGGCUACCGGACCAACUGGGGCUACUGGAACCUCAAUGCAAGGCAGUACAUGACUAUGUUCCCUCACACACCAGACAACUCAUUCAUGGGCUUUGUUUCGGAGGAGCUGAAUGAGACGGAGAAGAGGAGCAUCCAACAGAACAAAGUCAACAACAUGGCUGUAGUGUAUGGGAAAGAAGCCAGCAUGUGGAAGCUUCAGCAGGGUAAAGAGAGUUUCCUCCAGAUUCUCCAUAGAUACAUGGAAGUCCACGGCACAGUCUACUAUGAGACCCAGAGACCUCCAGAGGUCCCAGCCUUUGUGAAGAACCACGGCCUGCUGCCCCAGCACGAGCUGCAGCAAUUAUUGCGGAAGGCCAAGCUCUUCAUUGGUUUUGGUUUCCCAUACGAGGGCCCGGCCCCUCUUGAAGCUAUAGCCAAUGGUUGCAUUUUCCUCCAGCCCAAGUUCAACCCACCCCACAGCUCACUAAAUCACGAGUUUUUCCGAGGCAAGCCCACAUCUAGAGAGGUAUUCUCCCAGCACCCGUACGCGGAGCAGUACAUUGGCCGACCUCACGUCAUGACAGUGGACUACAACAACUCUGUGGAGUUUGACUCUGCUAUCAAGGAAAUCAUGAGGACCAAGGUCGAGCCUUAUCUGCCUUAUGAAUACACCUGCGAGGGCAUGCUCGAGAGAGUGCAUGCAUACAUACAGCAUCAGGAUUUCUGUGCCCCAGAGCCUCCCUUCAUUCCAGCCAACCUCUCCAGAAAGGGGUCCGCUGGUGGCAGCAGGAUGAUGGGACCUCUGUUUGUGCCCCUGCCCAACACUACAGCUCUUGGCUGGGCAUCCAAUGUGACAGCUCCCUCUGCCUGGCCUCCUCUCAGCUCCCUCAGGCUGCUUGUAUCUCAAGAGGGCCAGUCUUGUGUGGACGCCUGCCAGUCAGCUGGUUUCAUCUGUGAACCCGCUCACUUUCGCUUCAUCAACAACAAGGAGGCUCUGCGCAGGUUGGACGUACAGUGUGAAGUUGUAGACUCUGAGAUUAACCACAUCUUGCCAGCCUUCUCGGUGGUGCGGCAGGAGUGUGGCCUUCAGAGGGAACCGCUACUCUUCAGCUGUGCAGGACACUCCCCUAAAUACAGACGUCUUUGCCCCUGCAGGGACUUCCGCCAUGGGCAGGUGGCGCUGUGCAGAGACUGUCUACAAUGACAGAACACGUGAAGGACAGACAGAAAAGACAUGGACAAAGAGAAAGAGAAGAAAGUGUAGAGCUGGGACAUAUCACCUGGUGUUGCAGAGAGCCAGCCUCUCUCGAAAAGUAAAUGUAGGCUCGUGACGAAGAAGCAUGCAUGGAUUUAAAGAGUUUACACUGGAACUGAGCCUGGGUUGUAUCAGAGGAUAUUUGAUGACUGUAGUUGUUAUAACAGAUGUUAUACUGCAACAGACUGGAGACAUUUUGGCUACACUGAACACAUAACAUGUGGACCGUUCAAGAAGCAGAUGUGCCAUGAAAUGCAUCUUUUACUGGCUACACCUGCAGCUCACCUGCAGCAGAGUGACUCACAGGCAAAGCAAGCAAAACACUGAGCUUUCAUUCUUGGGAUUGUGUUGCCUUCAUUUUUUUAGCACAGUGCUGUGAAACUUACAGCUUUUCACAGUUUCUGUGAUAUGAGUAAUUAACAUCCACAGACUACACGCGCCCCUUUUAAGGUAGAAGUAAACAAACGCCAGCUGGUCCUGGCAAAAGAAGUUAUAACCAGUAGUUUCAUUUAAAUAAAAAAACAGUGACUCUCUUCUGUGCUAAAGGACCGCACGCAUCAACCUUAAUAAUUAUAAAUAGAGCACUUGCCUAUUUUUGCAAAUGCAGAGCAGAUCUCUGCAGAGCACACGCAGCACUUAAAUGUUGUUCUAACACCUCGGGAGGCAAUUUACAUUAAUUAGAAAGGUUUAAGUGGCACAGGAGGUGCUCUGCGAAUGGUUCACAUAUGUUACAUGUUCAAAGUACCCACAACCUUUUUAAAAUAGCAUUCGAGUGGUUCCAAGUGUCCAGAGACUGGGUUAACGCUCACAAAGCUGAAAGACUUUCACAAAAACGUACAGGAUAAUAGUUUCUGCAAGAUGCUGACUGAUGAUAUUAUACACAACAUUUCAUUUUUUUGGAAUUGUAUUCCACCAAAAUAAGGGGUUUCAGUUGAAAAAUAUACCCUUUAAAAGCAUGUGACUGCAGAGUAUUGGGACUACACUGUCAUUCCAUGACAAAGUCUUCAAAUAUCUUGGCUUGGAGAAGGCAACCUCAGGUCAAUAUCCAAUCUCCUCUCUGCACAUGGACAAAGGAUGAUGGACAACCAGGUUAUCUCCCCAGCUUUUUCUCCCCUCCUCCUGUGAUGGACAGAAUAAUUUAUCAGACUGAAACCCAAGUCUGAGGUAACAUCACUCAAUGCAAUCAUCUCUGGUCAGAAAUCGAAAGAGGAGAAGAGAGGACAAAGAUAAAGGGCACAAGAUUAUUUUUCAAUAAAUAAGCUUUUAGAGCCUUCA